AUGACAAUUCAAACAUCAUCAGAAGCUACCAGACAAGAGAGUAUGUUGGGAUCUAUAUUGCUGGCAUUUGUUGGGAUUCAAGUUGUUCUCCUAGCACGAAAACUAUACCAGAACCGACAACUGCGAGCACUUGAACGACUGUAUGGCUGCAAGAAACUCUCUGACGAACGCGAUGAGUUCCGAUACGAUUUCUUCGGUAUCGUGAAAGCAAUAAAAUUAGCCUCUCAUUUUCGGCAGCGGACAUCGCUCCAAUAUACAAAUUCUCUAUUUCAGAGAUAUGGCGAAACAUAUGCCUCCAAUGUUCUCGGCCGCCGAUUGAUUUUUACCUGCAGUGCAGAAAACAUUAAGCAUAUGUUGUCUACCGCGUUUGUCGAUUUUGAUAGCUCUCCCUUGCGAAAACCCUUGUUCGAGCCAAUAACUCCACAUGGCAUUUUUACUCUCGAUGGCACAGACUGGAAGAGAAGUCGAGGACAAAUACGGAGUCGUCUGUCUAAUCUCCGAAACAUCAUUGAUCUGGAAUUAUGUGAAACGCACUUCCAGGCUUUUGUUCAACAUAUUCCACCCAAUGGCCAGGUCUUUGACGUUCAACAUUGUACUUCUGCUCUCGCUUUGGAUAUGCAGACCCGGUUCUCUCUUGGAGAGUCUGUUGAUGCUCUCAGCUUUACUCAGUCCCCAGAAAAGAAGCAGUUUGUAGACGAUAUUGAAGUCGUCAAAGAAAGGAUAGUGCGAGACGGUUUCCGUGGUCCACUCCGUCAUCUAGUACCCAAGCGAGCUUUUUAUCAAUCGUGCUGGAGAGCACAGAACUAUGUAAUGGCCCAUGCCGGGCGGGAAAUUGAAAAACGAAGCAGCAGUAUUGAAAAGACCGAAGAUGGGUGUGCUGGUACGGAUUUCAACAAAUCCGAGGAAAUUGCGCUAUUCGCCGACCAGGCAAUGAGUAUUAUUCUUGCAAAUGACAGCAUGAGCACCACUCUCUCGGGUCUUUUAUAUUGUUUGUCCCAGGACGAACGUAUCGUCAAAAAGCUCCGAGCAAGCAUAAUUGAUACCAUUGGAUUCACACCACCAACGUGGAAUCAGCUUGGAACGUUGCAUUAUGUCCGCUGGGUACUACAGGAAGGUGAGGAAAGCCCGUCAAAGCAUUCAGCAAGCAUGCACUGA